AUGGCAGACCGACGCAAAGGCCAGAUCCGGGUGGGAUUUUAUGAUAUUGAGCGGACCAUUGGGAAAGGUAACUUCGCCGUCGUGAAACUGGCCAAACACAGGAUAACGAAAACUGAGGUGGCGAUCAAAAUCAUUGACAAAACACAGUUGGAUGAGGUCAACCUAAAGAAGGUUUACAGGGAGGUGCAGAUCAUGAAACUCAUCAGCCACCACCACAUCAUCAAACUAUAUCAGGUGAUGGAGACCAAGAACAUGCUUUACCUGGUCUCCGAGUACGCCCCCAAAGGGGAAAUAUUUGACUACAUUGCUCAGCAUGGCAGAAUGACAGAAACCGAUGCCAGGAACAAGUUCUGCCAGAUCAUCGCUGCUGUGGAGUACUGCCACAACAGGCAUAUUGUACACCGGGAUUUGAAGGCAGAGAACUUACUGCUGGAUGCUAAUAUGAAUAUUAAAAUUGCUGAUUUUGGUUUUGGCAACUUUUUUGAGCCAAAUGAACUGUUAGCCACAUGGUGUGGUAGCCCACCUUAUGCCGCGCCAGAAGUGUAUGAAGGCAAGAAAUAUCUGGGGCCACAGAUUGAUAUUUGGAGCUUGGGUGUAGUUCUUUAUGUGCUGGUCUGUGGUGCUCUUCCUUUUGAUGGAGCAAACUUUCAAACAUCCAACACUCAUUCUAACUUUGCUAUACAUGGAUAUUAUACAGAUUGUGAGCACUUGAUCAGAAGAAUGUUGAUGUUGGACCCAGCCAAGAGAUACAACAUUGCUCAGAUCCGUGCUCAUCGCUGGAUGCAGUCGAAUGGCGGCUGUACACGCACUGCCCCGCCCUCUCCUAUUGUUGGUUACAAUGCCAAAGUUGGGGAGUUCAACGAACAGAUCUUGAGGAUUAUGCAGAGUUUAGGCAUCGAUCACAAGAAAACGAUGGAGGCGCUGCGUAAAGAUGCAUACGACCACUAUACAGCAAUAUACUACUUGCUUUUGGAUAGACUUCGACAUCACCGCAGCAGUUUCCCCACUGACACACGGGUGGACGCACGCAGGCGUAGACCCAGCACCAUAGCAGAACAAGCCAUGCUUCAGAACAUACCUGGCAGACCCCUUAUUGGAAACACAAAAGUUGGCGGCACUGUUCUUGUGCACAGACACUACCCUCUGGGGGAGGUAGAUGUUGUGGCACCACUGCCGAAUGUAGCACACUGCAUGGCCGAACUUCUUCCCCAGCCAUUUCCCCAGCCCUCGCCGGCUCUGUGUGAAACAGGAGCAGCCAUUCCUAGCAAUGUGAUUACUACUUCUAUUGAUGAAGGUGUAGAGGCUGAUAUUAUUGAUCGGCGAGACUCAUCCUCAGAUACAGAAUUUGUAACUUCAAUGGGUUUAGGCUUUUCAUCCAGAGCAGCAGGGUCAUUCUCCAGUUUUGCUGUUCCCAGAGCAGAGAGAUACCAGAAUAAUCCAGAUAACCAGAGCUAUACAAGUGCCAUCUCUGGAACUCUGUCUCCAUCCACCAGUGUGGACUCCAGUUUGGGUUUGGAACCUACACCCUCCUGUUUUACUCCACCACCACAGUACCAUCAGCAGCAGCUGUGUUCCCUCUCAUCCACAACGUCUUACCCGUCUGCAUGCUUGCCUUUGGAUGUCAGUGACAGGGCAGUUGCACACACUGACAGCUCAAACCAGACCUUGUUGGGUUUAUACCCUAGUUCAAUGUUGAGUCACCUGACAGGUGUCAGUCCUGGUGCUACCUCCCGUCACGGCCGCUACUCAAUUAGUGGGCCUUCCAAGGAACAUUAUCAAGAUAGAGCUCAGACCAGGUCACCUGUCAACUUCCGAGAAGGUCGAAGGGCCUCAGAUGGCCUUGUUACUCAGGGAAUUAUUGCCUUCAAGCAAAAACUGAAGGAGAGCAUGAGAGCUCAGGGAAUGAUGGAGCUAAGACAAGAGCAUCAGCAGCUGCAGAACAUGUAUAGUUCUCAGAUGUCAGACCAGAAGCACAGUCCCACAAGCAGCCCAUUGCCUACAGCUCCCGUCCCAGCGCCAACCAUCACUAGUACAGCAACAAGCACAGCUGCAGCAGCUGCAGUUCAGAAACCUCCACAACUUCACCGCAAGUUAUCUGCGCCCCUUCAUGGAUUCCGUCAGUGGUCUCUGGAUGAACAGUCCUCACAACGAAGGCGACCUUUAAUCAAGAGGAUGAGUUUGCCAUCAGAGACAUUUGAUAUGCCCCCACAUCGAUUGCUGGCUCUUAAACAAGCAAUACAGGUAGACAGUGACAGCCGUUCUUUCAUUAUUGGUCAAAGACAUCUAGAUUCCGGUAUAGACAGUGAUGGCCGUUCUUUCAUUAUUGGUCAAAGACAUGUAGAUUCCGGUAUAGACAGUGACAGCUGUUCUUUCAUUAUUGGUCAAAGACAUCUAGAUUCCAGUUGUAUUAACAUUCUCAAUACAGAUACAAGCAAUAACUCACAGCCUGCGGCCCCUUCAGCUCAGUUUGAACAUUACCACCCUGGGGUCUCUGAUUACAGUCCAUCACAGAUACAUCCACACCUCCAGUUUACAAACAACCAAUUGCAGCUACAGCCAAGCACAUCAUCUUCAUUGUCAUCCACUUGGUUGGUGCAGCCCACAUCCUACAUUCCAUCCUUUGGUUACAUAAAUCCUCACAACAUUCUACUUAACAGCACCAGCUCAGUACUGCUCCAGUCAAGUUGUUCCCCCGGAGUUCCUGCGCACUGCAUGUCCACGACAUCAGACUCCAGCCAGUACCGCGGAUUGUCCUUACACCAAGAAGUGCAGGUCCAUCAGCGCUGGCUAAAUCCACCAUUGUCAUCACUGGGAGUCGAGCCUGCUAGUCAACUUGAGGAGUUUGUGAUGGCCCCCAGUGAAACAGAUUUCAGCCCGAUGCUUGACCCUAAGGGGCCAAGUCCUUCAAGACUACAGCAGCUGCCACCAUCACUUUUGGGCAGUCUCCAGUAUAUACAAGCAUCCCAUGAACACACUGACAAACUACCAGAAGAAGAUCUUGUGGUACCACAUGGACCCUGGCAGAGGAGGACAGGAGUGUUCAUGGCUGUUCACCCUUUCCAGAAUCAAAAUAAUAGUCCAUUGAUAUCAUCAUCACCUUUAUCAUCAUCUCUUGCAAUGUCCCACCAGCAGUUGCGACCUGAUUACACUGUGCCUGCUUUAUCUAUCUCUCUUGAUGAACCUUAUGUUGAACAUCAACCAACUGCUUCUGUAUCACCUGAACUAACUCUGUUGUUCCAGAGUCCUCAGCCUUCUCCAGAAAAUCCCAAUCUUCAGCAGCAUUUCCACCAGUUAUCCCAUGGAUUGGUGGCCCAGCAGACUGUCAGUGUGGCAGCAGAUUUCUUGCCUCAGCACAGUUCAGCAGUUUCGCAGCUGUCUCACAGCAGCUUUAAUCCUUAUUAUAAACCAGACUUUCAGGUUAUCAGCUUGCGUAGGACAGACUCUUGGGAACAGGCAGAAGAGCAGAUGGAUAUGUCUUGA